UCACAGCCCCGUUUAGCCAUAAAUAUUUAACAAGAGCAGAUACUCAAGUUAGGCCCGCUAUGUAGAGCUACACAGUCAAGUAGGCUAGAUAAACUACUGAAACAAGCUGCAGCAUUCAGCGACAUUUGCACGGACUAAAAAAGAGGGUCUCUCUCUGAAGACACGUGACUAGUGAACGCUGGAAAAGCUCAUAUAUGAAUCCAUGCCCUCAUUCAGCGAUGCUUCCAUGUUGGUCUGUAGAAAAGUCCAAACAUUAAUUGCAGUGAUAUUCGGAUUGAUUUACCCUAUACUCGUUGUAUUGGUAAAUAAGAUCACGUGAUCCACGUAACCAAUCGGUGGAGAUGAAGCCAGCAAAAAUACGAGAUUGUUGCGAGGCCGGAUAGCCGUAACGGCACCACCUUUUAUAUGUCUCUGGAUGGAUCAAAAGCAUGUCGACCGGCAGCGCUCUGGCGAAUUAUUAUGUGGACUCUAUCAUGGGGCACGAGACGGAGGAACUUUAUGGGGCGCGCUUCACGCAGGGCUCUCUUGGGCAGACCUCCAGGCGGUCAGGUGGGAGGGAGAGUGCAGACUUUUCCGCCUGCAGCUUUGAACCUAAACCAGCCAUCUACUCCGGAUCCUGGGCCUCGGCUCACCCGCCGUCCGUCUCCGCAGUGCCCGGACUUUACCACCACUACGUCCCGCAGUCCCACCUUGCUUCCUCAUCCGAUAACAGAUUUGUUCGUUCUUGGCUAGAGCCAAUCCCCAGCUCCUUGCCCCUCUCCGGAUAUCACCCCCCUAGCCCGCCCUACCAGACAAAGCCGGACAGCAGAGCUCCAUCGAAGAGCAACGAAUGUCUCUCUUAUGCAGUCCCAGUCACCCCUAAAUUUAUCUGCGAAAACAAGGACUCAGAAGCCCUGGAUAAAACUUCCAAAGAGUCCAAAAGUGACAUGUCGAACCACAGCGAGCCCCAAGAGGAAAAGCAACUUGACCCAAGCAACCCUUCAUCCAACUGGAUCCACGCUAGGGCCGGCAGGAAGAAGCGAUGCCCCUACAGCAAGCACCAGACCCUGGAGCUGGAGAAGGAAUUUCUCUUCAAUAUGUACCUGACCCGGGAGCGCCGCUACGAGCUUGCUCGGAUACUCAACCUUACCGAACGCCAGGUCAAAAUUUGGUUCCAGAACCGACGAAUGAAGAUGAAGAAGAUGACCCGCGAGAGAAAUAUUAGGAAUAAGCUAUAAGUUUAAUCCUUCAAUAUCAAAUUGUACGGUACGGCCCGUGCCUAGCUUGUGGUACUGUGGUUAGGCUUCAGCCCACUGGGCGGAAAUGUAGAUAGGAGCUCAUGAAACUAUUAUUUUGUAAUUUGUUCCCAUAUUGGUGUUUUUCCCGUAAUAAAUUAAAGGUAGGCUGCUGAGAAAAUUCUAAAUGUCUUUUGGUUUGCAGCGACAAACAGGCCUCACAUAGGCUAUACCUUUGCGCAUGGGCCAAAUUAAAAGGUUUGAC